UGGCCAUCGCAGCGCCUCGUCAUCUCGAAUCUCGAUUCUCAUUUAUGUCCUUCCGCUGCUGCACACAUCCAAAAAGCCUCGAGCAGCUGUCCCCUAGGCCCUAGUUGACUCGGAUCUCCCAUCGAAUCCCGGCGGAAUCGAGUGUGCUAGAGAGCGGACGGAAGAUGUCGUCGUCCGUCGGAGGCGGAGGGGGAGGCAGCGCGGCCGGGAGCGGGGGAGACAUCGCUGGCCUGCUGGACAAGGCCAAGGAGCUGGACCAGCUGCGGAAGGAGCAGGACGAGGUGGCCAUCGAGAUCAACAAGAUGCACAAGAAGAUCCUCGCCUCUCCGGAGAUGGUGGAUAAAUCUGCCGACACCAUUUUGGUCAGGCUUCGUGCUUUAUAUGUACAUGCAAAAGAACUUGCCGAUAGUGAAGUCAGUACUUCCUCUGCUGUCAUUGGACUAUUGGAUGGUUUGUUGCAAUCUGGGGUUUCAGCUGCACCAAGAAAAAAGAUAGAAGUGGGUGAACAAAAGAAGAAGAGGAUGAAAUCUGAUACAGAUACAACAAGAUUUUCCUCCACGUCUAUGAGGAGCCAACUUGACCAAGCUGCAAACCUGAAAGGAGAGCAGGUUGCAGCUAGGGUAAAAUCAGAUGAGGAAAAAGACGAGUGGUUUGUGGUGAAGGUCAUACAUUUUGAUAAGGAAACAAAAGAAUUUGAAGUCCUUGAUGAGGAGCCCGGUGAUGAUGAUGAGAGCGGCCAAAAGUUUGAGAGGAAAUACAAGUUGCCCAUGCCAUAUAUUAUUCCAUUUCCAAAGAAAGGAGAUCCUUCUAGUGCUCAGGAUUUUGGUCAGGGUCGGCAAGUCUUGGCUGUUUAUCCUGGCACAACAGCAUUAUAUAGAGCUACCGUAGCUGCUCAUCGUAAGAGGAAGUCUGAUGAUUACCUUCUCUGGUUUGAUGACGACGAAGAGGACGGGAAUCUGCCGCAAAGAGCUGUGCCAUUUUAUAGAGUGGUUGCCCUCCCAGAGGGCCACCGGCAAUAAGAACACUCAGACGGCAAUCUGCCUUGCAUCGCAGGGCAGUGUAAUUCAAGUGACAGUGUACGAAGAUGAGAUUUCGUCUGCAAAGAUGAUAGUAAUCUUGUUUUACCUCCAGCUGACCACAUAGUGACUUAGAUUGCCUUUGGAGUUCAGUUGGUGGAAAAGGAAUAACUGUUUUGUGGUCUAUAUGUAGAAGGUUUUGUACAUAAAAGUUAAUUCAGUGUUGUAUUAAGAUUAUAUAAGUGAUUGCCGUGCCUGAAUAAAUGUCGAGUCACUUUCCUCCC